UUGAAGAAGAGUUGAAGAAGUGAGCGACAGAGAGAGAAAACAACUUCACCGGUCCGGUAACGUUACACAUCUCCAGCUAUGGAGUGAGUUGGCGGAGGAGGACGAGCGCUGCUGUUUUAAAUACAUUAAGUACAGCUGGACCUGCUGAAAGUGAGCCCAUACGAGUGGAAACACGAUGUAGGGGCUCAGCCGGACUCUCGCCGCCGGAUUUUCCUCUCGCUGUGUGAAAGAAAAGCCCCAGGAGAAGAAAGCAGAAGGGCGGGGAGGCCACCAUGCUCUGGCCGCUCUCGGCGUGCCUCUUGGCGGCUCUCGCUCUGUGCCGCUCCGCGCUCUCGCAGUACUCCAGCGACCAGUGCAGCUGGAGGGGCAGUGGGCUGACCCAUGAAGGACAUACACGGGACGUGGAGCAGGUGUAUCUCCGGUGCUCACAGGGCUCCCUGGAGUGGCUGUACCCAACUGGGGCCAUCAUCGUCAACCUGCGACCCAACACAGCCUCCCCAGCCGCCGGCCUGCUCUCUGUCUGCAUCAAGCCGUCCCACGAGUCCAGUGGAACCCACAUCUACCUGGACCGACUGGGUAAGCUGCGGCUGCUGCUCCGCGAGCGUGAGCAGGCUGAGGGGAAGGUGCACUGCUUCAGUAUCCAGGAGGGGGCGCUCUUCAUCGAAGCCCUGCCCCAGAGAGACAUCAGUCGAAAAAUCACAGCCUUCCAGUAUGAACUGGUCAGCCACAGGCCUGGAGUGGACCCCAGUUCACUGUCUGCAUCCUGCCAACCCUGCACUGAUGCUGAACUGCUUCUGGCUGUCUGUACCAGUGACUUUGUGGGCCGUGGCAGUAUUCUGGGGGUGGAACAGGAGGAAGAGCAGACAUCAGUCGCCGUGACACUGACUCGUCUGUACAGACAGAAGAGUCAGGUGUUUGUGUCGGGAGGCGGACGGGCCAAGCGUUUCACGGGCCGGGUGAAGAUGCCUCGCGAGUGUGGGGUGAAGCCCGGCGAGGGCGAGUUCCUCUUUAUUGGGACAGUGCGUUUCGGGGAGGCGUGGCUGAGCUGUGCCCCAAGAUACAGAGACUUCCUUCGGCUGUACCAGGACGCACAAGAGCGAGGGACCAACCCCUGCCACAUAGACACAAACUGAGAGAAACACUGACUUUACUUUUCAGAAAACCACACAAACAGCCUCGUCUGGAGGAACCCAGACAAAAACAGCCUGUCUUUGUCCCUGUCUCUCCAUGUGGACUGCUUAGGUUAUAAAUCAGUGUCUGGUUGCAUAAAAACCCUUAAAGUUCGGUAUUUUCUUAAAUUAUUUCCUUAAGUUUUUCCAAUGAUAGGGCUGCACAGUAUAUUGCUUGUUAAUUGUUAUUGUGAUGUUUCUGUUUGUAUUACUUAAAUCACAGAAGGUUGCAAUAUGCAGAGUAGCCAGAUGAAUGUUUCUGUGGGUGUAUAAUUUAAUGAGAAUUGAUUUGGUCACACUAAUCCAGGCCAAUCUUCAACCGUGUUUAUGACUGAUACCAGUACAUUUUAAAAACUUUUAAGCAUAUCACAAUUGCUGUAUGUAGCAAUAUAAUCACAAUACUGGUAUAUUGUUCAUGUCAGUCACCCGUAUUUCUUAGAAAGCCCUCCUUAAGUGUAUUCCUGUGCCUUAGUUUACAGAGUAAGCAGUCGUUCAGAACAGUUUGAUGUGAAAUGGUUAUUGUAGAGAAACUUACAGGCUGAUUUCUUUACAGUGGUGGUGAUAGGAACCAGGAGUCUCAAUGUCUUCAGUGUUUUUAUAUGUAGUAAUAAAAUAGUGGCCUCACAACACCCUGCAUGUAGCUCACCAUGCAUGUAUUAAAAAAUAUUUUAGGCCAAAACCUUAUCACAGCCAGUCUCAGAGAACCAAUUAACAUAUUUGUAAACAUUUUGUGUAGUAGUUUUCUGUGAUGCAGCUUUUAUAGGCAUUAAACUCUAACGACGUCCAGUUCCUAUCACCACCAAUGUGAACUAUUCUGGCUUGGUAACUUUCUCCGAAAUGGCACUUUUCACACUACACCACUCUGAAUGCAGUAUCCCAUAGUGUUUACACAUAGAAAACCCUUUACAUCAUUUGAAUGGAGACAAGUUGAUGUGUUUUGUGAUUUAAUGAAAGUUGUUGGCUCAACAAACAUGCACUGCAGAUAAUGCAAGUUUUAAUUGCACUAUGAUUUUUCUGGAACUGGAAUUGUUUGGGUAGUUGCUGUGUUGUGUACCAUUCACAAAGUGACAGAGCACUGUAGAAAGAAUAUCAGCAUUAAAACUGUUAGCUUGCAAGCUGACCAUCUCCCGAGCAAAUGUUGGGCAUGUAAACUGCAGUAAAGUACUUGAGAGCUUUAAGAGAAGUAAACAAUUACAAACAAUUUGCUUUAUGUAAUAUGCUUACAGUUCUGUUCAAAAUUUACCCUGCAUUUAUUUAAUUUCCAGUCAAAACAGCCAUUAAGUGAUUUUUUUUGUCUUUUCAUAUAAAAUAUUGUCAUCUUUCAGUGUCAGGAAAUGAAGGAAUGCAUAAAAAUAUAGUCAAAUUACACAGAAGUCUCAAUAAUUAAAUAUAAGGCCAAAUGUUUUAAGUAGUUAGUUUGUCCAGACUUAUCUUUACAGCUUUUAUUCUUUUCAGGAGGCAGUUUUUUUUAAAGAAAUCUGCUGGGAUUCCUUUCGACACCCACAAAAGUUCAGUCUUAGAAGUUGGCUGCAUUUUCUAAACUCAACCUUUUUUUUUAUCACUUUUGGAAACUUCUGUUUUUUCACUUAUUUUCAUUUGACUUUCUCCUUCCUUACACAUGUGGAUUAUCUUACAUCUAAUCUCAGGAACAUCACCUGACAAAUGAGCAGCUUGUAUUUAAUGGCAGUUUUGAGAGGAAAUGAAAUAAGUGAAUGAUUUCCUUAAGGGAUAAUCAAAGGAUCAGAAUGGGUUUUUAAGCAACCAGGCACAGCAGACUCUUCCUCAAACCUCUCACUUUCUCUCCUUCUGCUUUCCACAACAGGAACUCUAAAAUCUGUACAGAGGGCUAAAGUUGGACUUCCCUCUUCAUCUCCUUCGUCCCUUAAAAUGUCUUAAAAAACGACAUUUUCUUGUAUUUUUAUGCCUUAAUGUUGAUGGUCACAAUGUAGCAGACCUCCAUGGUAAAUGUGUAAACAAAAAAAGAAAGAAAUGUGAAAGAACAUUCUACAGUGGAAGUCUCAAAUGCUUUUGUAAAAAGCUUGUUUGUACAGUUUUGCAGUUGUUUCUUAUGACAGAAAUGUAUUGAAGAAGAAAAAAAGCCUGCUUUUUAUUUUAUUUUUAUUUUGUAAGAAAAGUUUUUGAAGUGUGAUUCUUGCCUGCACCUUGUUGAGGCAGCUGAAUUGCAAAGAUGUUUUUUUUUCUUCAGAGAUUAAAACCUUUUUCUCUGUGGAAUCAA